ACAGAGUGUUCAAUUUACAUCGAAAAAACCGCUUAAAAUAAAAAGAGACAUACCAUUUGAACGUUAUUACAAUAAAAAAUAGAUUUACUUAUGGUUUUUUAUCUGUUGAAUUAACAAAAUGCACAUAUUGAAUUAGAUAUAUAGUAGUGACAAUAUGGUAUAAGUGUUUUCAUCUGAUUUUCCCGCAGCCUUCUUCGGAAAGGGAACAAUGGCGCCAACCAAGUUCGGGCUGUUCAAGGGAAGGAGCCGCGACAACCAGGAGCAGCCCUCGACGGAAAACCUCCUCCAGUCAAGCCAGAGCACCGAGCGAGUACAGACGCCUGACUCGCCAAUACCGUCGACCAGUAAGGGCAUAACUGUCGACAGUGCCUUCGCCGAGCUGUCCAUGCUUAAUCUGGACAGCGAUGAUGAGUAUUCACCGCAGCAAGACGUCACAACGCGUCGGAUCAGCGACUCCAGCAAACUGGACGAGCCACAGCUUAGCUAUCACAUUCUAAACAACCCGUCGUCUCCCGACGCGACCACCACAUCGACCCUCGACUGCGACGUGUCUCCGGACCCGUCGAGGGAGAUCGACGAUACCGCGUCCACGACAUACGACGCGAACUCGAUACAAUUCGACGAGACUUCGAUUGCCGCCAGCGAAGACACGUCGGUAUACUGCACCACUCUGAAGAAGAAAAAGAAGAAGAAUAAGUUGAAGAUGGAGCAGCACCGGCGCGAUUUGGGUAUGUGGAAAGCCAGCAACGUCGAGGUCAUGAAGAACCUCCUAAACAAGAGCGGCAACGUCGACGAACAAAUCAAAUGGGAGGCGAUAGCGACCGCGAGGGGACUUUGCACGCUAACGGACAACUGUACAUGCGGGGACUGUACCAGGGCCAAGUUCCUGGUCGGGAUGGCUGACGGGGACGGGGGCCUUGGGGCGGCGCCGAUAUUCAACGCUAUAAGCAUCGGGUGUCAAUUACAGUAACCGACAGCUCAAUUUCGAAUUGUUGGUUAAGAACAAAAUUGGUCUAAGUCGGAUGCUCUCAAAGUUUUUUUGUCUGUACACGAGGGGGCGGUACGGGCAAUUUGGGAAUCGGUGGUACAGCCCUACGGUGGUACUAUUCGAUGUACUUAUUAACUUAUUAAACUUGCUAGACCACACUAGAUUUAUGUCGCCAGAGACAAAAACAAAAUGGAAAUCUUUGAAGGCCUUCACCUGAGAGGGGUCCGUGCAUAUAAUAAUUUAGAAUAAUAACAUGAAUACUUUUAAAAAAGUUGUAUUAAUUGCAUGGAAUAAAGAACUUUUUUAUUCUUAACUUAUUAACAGAAAAACCGCUUCAUAUUUAUAUAUGGUUUGGAUCAUUGCAUCUAUUCGGUACCCGUAUUGUUUCGCAUUUCAGUAUAUUUUUGUCCGUAAUUAAAGUGACAAUAUGAGGCUGUUACAAAAACUAUUGACUUGAUCAAAUUUGUUCUUAACAAUUCUUCAUUGAAGCAUUGGAAUUUAAGUUUCGGCUGACGAUGGAAUCCCGUUAAAAAACAGCGCUGGCAAUACCGGACUAAUCAAAUUCGCUUACUUCUCAUCAGUUAAGUGAAUAAGGUAGUUAGCAAGAGCGCAUUAUGCGGCAUAAUGCUCAACUAAAACUAACUAAUGGAAAACUACCUGUAUUAGUUUUCCAAUUACAGAGCAUAAUGCGACUCAGUGACGCACAAUGCCGAAUUAUGCUGAAGCUUAGUUGAGCAU